GUUUUGUUGUGAGAUUAGAGAGAGAUGCUACAACCUUUAAGUCCCCACUAAAGAUUAGUUAAUGCCUUUAAGAAAGAAAUAUUUGCCAACCGUCAUGAAAAGCAGCAGAAGAAGAAGUAGUCACUUCCGUUGAACAUAUUUGUUUUCAUUUUUUGGGGGGGGGUGGGGGGGUGGAAUUGUUUUAUUUCCUUUGUUGUUGUUGUGAAAUUAAAGAAAGGGAGAGAAAAAGAAAGAAUAAAUCCGUAGUCCACAUUUCGGAUUAGUUGGUGGCGGUAGUGCACCUCGCCAACCUCCAUUAAAAGUAAAAGAAGAAGAAGGAGGAGCGCGUCACUUCCGGUUAGCUAAAGCGUGUCGCGUGCUAUAAGGAACAAUGGCCGAGGAGAGUAAACCCGAGGACUACCCGCAGGAGAUAGACGAGCAGCUCGCGAGCUUCGGCUCCUCGGUGUGUUCCGUGAGGACCAUGCUGGAGAAGCUGACGUCGAUGCCCAGGAACGAGCUGCUGAAGCUGGAACCUUUGGAUCAAGCCAAGCUGGAUCUGAUGUCUGCCUACACCCUCAAUUCAUUAUUCUGGAUGUACUUGGUGACACAGGGAGUCAAUCCCAGAGAACACGCAAUCAAACAGGAGCUGGCGCGAAUCCGGACGUACAUGAACAAAGUGAAAGAGAUCACUGACAGGAAGAAGAUGGCCCGUCUGGAUAAAGACGCGGCCGGCCGCUUCCUGAAGAGCGCGCUCUACGACCCCAAGGAGAAGGACUUCAGGAGGAAAGCGCCGCACGAGGUGCCGCACGAGGCGCCACACAGGACGCCGCACAGAACGCCACUCGGGACGCCACUCGGGACGCCGCUCGGGGUGCCGCUCAGGGCGCCGCACGGGACGCCGUCCGGCGCGACCAAGUCCAAGCGCCCGAAGCGGAGCUGAGGCUGGACAGUGAGUUUUAUACUGUGUGUUUUCCAGCAAUCGUCACGUCAGCAACGCUUUAAAUUUAGAAAAAUUAGUAAAGAGAAACUAAUUAGUCUCUACAGGUAUUGAAAUAUGUGACGUAACAUUAUUUCGAUUCUUCUUCUAGACGAAUGAGAAAUGUGAAUUAGUUUUUUCUUAAAAGUGAUUCUAUGAAUCAUUUUUUAAAAAGAUGUUUUUUACACAUCAAACAUUUACUGAAAGACACUGACUUUUGGUAAUAUUUACAUAAACUCUAAACAAAC